ACAACUUCGGUGGGCUGCUCUGAUUUAAAAGCAAGCUGGCUUUAUCAAGGCAUGGGCAUAAGUGACCUAACACUGCAAACAAAAUGAUGCUUCUAGCUUCAGCUUUUUUUCUAACACUACUGCAGUGCUCUAAUGCCCAAAUUACACCUGCAGACUGCAACACCAUUGAAACAGAUGCAAGAGUGGCCCUGGAUUUGGUCAACAGACAUCGCAGAGAUGGUUAUGUUUUUGGUUUAUUCCGUGUUGCCAAUGCACAUGAACUACAUUUAGGAAAUUCAACGGUCCUCUACUUAACUUUGGAUGUGCUGGAAACUGAAUGCUCUGUCUUAUCCAGAAGACACUGGGAGUCCUGUGAAUACAGUGACACCUACCCAAUGGACUUUGGGCAAUGUAAGAUUAUCACAUAUACAAACCAUCUGCUGAAGAAACCUCAACUAUAUGGAUUUAAUUGUACAUUAAGUCCAGUUCCACCUGAUGUAGUAGAGUGCAAAGAUUGUCCAGUGAAACUUGAAGCCUUAGAAGUCACUGAGCAACAUAGAGAUAUUGCUAAAAAGGCCCUGAAGAAAUUCAACAGUGAAGGUAACCACACAAACAACUUUGCUGUGGAUAAAGUUGAAAGAAUUUUAAAGAUGACUGCCUCCCGUGAAGGUCACGUUUUGGGAUUCUCUAUAAAAGAGACCAACUGUUCCAAAUCUAUGCAGGAAACAGAUCAGGCAUUGGAAUGUGAUUUUCUGCAUGACUGGCAUGCUCACACAGGAUUCUGCAAGGCAAGAAUUAUCAGUGAUGCAGACGAAGCUGAUGGAACAGAUAUAAGCUGUGAAAUCUACCAUCCCUGGCACCAUGGCUGUGGGCGAAGAGGGAAAUAUUCAGCUCUGGGACAUCCACACAGACAUCCCCAUUGUCAUCAUCAUUUUGGUCACAGACAUCACCAUAAGCAUCACCACAGACAUGAAUGUCCUCCCUUUUCUCAGUCCAGACCUGAAGACCCUGAGCAUAACCCCAAAUCCAGCAAGGAAGAUCAAGACAACAAUAAAGGACUUUCUUCUCCCCCUCCUCCCCAUGAUGAACCAGACCACCACCAUCCUACUCCUCCUCCUCAUGGACCAGACCACCACCACCCUCCUCACCACCAUGGACCACCCUGUCCCCCUCCUCAUGGACCAGAUCAUGAUCAUCCUCCUCACCACCAUGGACCACCCUGUCCCCCUCCUCAUGGACCAGAUCACGACCAUCCUCCUCACCACCAUGGACCACCCUGUCCCCCUCCUCAUGGACCAGAUCACGACCAUCCUCCUCACCACCAUGGACCACCCUGUUCCCCUCCUCAUGGACCAGAUCAUGACCAUCCUCCUCACCACCAUGGACCACCCUGUCCCCCUCCUCACAGAUCAGGUCACCACCAUCCUCCUCACCAUCAUGGACCACACUGUAGCCCUCCUCCAGGACACCCUCCUCAUCACUGUCAUCACUAUCACAGACAACAUCACAACAAGACAAGCAUAUCAGGAAAGUAUUUUCCAUGCCAUGUAACAGGAGCUGUCUAUCGCAUCCCAGUUCUAAAUCAGCAGGAUUCUCUCACACCUCCCACUGCAAAUUUUCCUGAACUAUCCCAAUGCAACUUUCACUUUUCCAGCACUGGCUCAAAACUAAAGGAGAUGGAAGAAGCUCCAGGCUUUCCAGAUCACCCUGCACAAUCAAAAUCAUGCCCUGGAAAACCCAAACUUGACCUUCCAAAAAUUUUGCAUUUAUUUCCUCAUAGCUUUGUAACAGAAAAUUCUCCUAUAUGACUUCAGAGAAAGAUGUUCCUGGCUUGAUAAUUUCAAGGGUAAUCACAGUCCUACAGUCAAUGAAAGCAGCACAUGGAGAAGUGGGAAAAGCAUUCAGUUUCUAGGAAGGAGAAUCACUGAAAAUAAUCAUUAAGUAUUUCAACCUGCUUCUUCAUACUAGCUAUCUCAAGCUGCACUGUAACUAAAAGGCCCAAAAUUCUGAGUCCUUCAGAUAAUGUGAAGGGGUAAAAAUUUCCCCAGAAAAUAAUGCUCCUCCAGUUCUAAGAAAAAAGGAAGUUCUCCAAUAGAGCAAAAUAGAGCAUCAAAAAUCUUGCAUUUUUUUCAUCAUUCAUAAUUAUAAUGUACUUCUCCAAGGAAUCUGACCUAGAGGAAAUUUGAAUGCUUUCCAUAAAAAGUAAUCCAUGACACUACAUUCAAGCUUUAUACAGAUUUUAAAAAAAUAAAAAACAUGCAAGCAUUUUUUUCUUGA